AGUUGGUGAGGCAGUUGGUAUAGGACGAGUCCUGUGCCUUAAACACGUUGGAUUUGGGAAAGACAAAUCACCUGUGCAAGAAUCCAAGAUCUGGACCAAUUUCCUUCUCUAGGAAUAAGAAGGACCAGAAGAUGGAGAAGAUGCUUCAGAAUGAGAACCGAGGGAGAAUCUGCAGCAAGGACCAAGAGAUGGAAGGAUAUGGCUGUUGUGCUCCAUUGCUUCCAGCUCAAAUGCCUAAUGAUGGCAAUUGGCAUAGUCCUAAGAUGUCUACAACCUCAAAGCCAGACCAUUUAGAGUAUCCUCACACACCAGUUCCUUGGCCCAAACAAAGACCAAGCAGAUUCAGUCACAAGCCUAUAGCAGGUGAAGGAAAGAAGCUUUCUCUCACCACCUCCACAAAACGAUCAGAAAGACUAGCAGCCUCAGCAGCUGCGGCUGUGGGAAGCGGAGGCCACCAAGUGCAACAGGCCGAAGACAUUGUGAAGGCGAAGAAGGCCAAGACUUUGCACCCAGGGCAUUCAGAUAAAGUCAAAGCGGUGGAUGUUGUUGAGAACUUCAUAGCCCACUUCCUCAUUUACCUGCAUGAAUGUCCAGACAGACCUGGCUUCAAGGAUACCAGAGAACUGAUCCCAGGAGAUAAUUAUGCAUACGAACAGUUCUUACGUCCAGGUGAGUUUGAGGUCCUCCUGACCAUCCCUCUUCCAGAUUGCACACAAUACAUGGAGGUAGAAGGUUACAGAGGCCUCUUCUACACCUUGUCCCUCUUGAAGAAGUCCCAUGACUUCCCAGCAACUUUUCUCCUGGAAGAUGGAAGAACCAUAUCCCCGAGGAACAUCACAGAGGAAUUCUGGAAGCAGGUCAAUGCGUUCAUUGACGUUGCUUAUUCAGUGCCUUUCCCAGGUUGGCAGGUGAAGCUGGAGAAGAAGAAGGCCAACAGUCCCAGGGUUAACCUGGUCGUGCUGGAUGACUGUGGUGCCAUGUUCAUGACCAUGAACCUCGUCCCUCUUCUGGAGUUUACUGGCCAGGGGCCAUUUGCAAAACAGGCCAGAGAAUUGACGGAGGAGAACCUUGUGGCACAUCUGAUGAAGAGGUUUUAUUUUGCUGCCGAACAGUGUCCGGGGAGACAUAAUAAAGAAACAUGGAGAAUUUCCUUCUCUCAUGUGGAAAAAGAGAUUUUGUACCACCACAGCACUCCUCCAGCAUGCUACAGACACCAUGGGUCAAAAUGCUGCAGGAAUGAUUGCCUGAAGAUGCUACAAGAUCUGGUGGAUUCCCUUAAGAUGGAACACCCGCUGAUGUUGGCUCCACUGAGUUCUCACCACCUUCAGAUGUCCUUUCUGCACACUCUCUGGAAGUGGAAGGCUGACACCGAUUGGAAACCCUCAGACGUCGCUUACUGCUUUGAGAGAGUCCUGGGCAAUUUCAUUCAGGAGGUGGCCUCUGCUCACCUCAGCCAUUUCUUUCUCCCUACUUGCAAUCUGUUUGCGGCAAAGCUCUUCCCGCCCACUAAACUGAAGUUCCUGUGCUGUCAUCUGAAAGAGAAAGAAGCCAUUGCCAAGACAUCCCAUCAGAAAAGUUACCCUGCUCUGGCUGUGCGUUCUGACACGACAUGGCCACACUGGGCUGCUCUCAGUUGUUCUCCCUAAUGUGGCAGUUUAACCCACAUUUCUUUUGCUCCACUGGGCGCCUUCUUUGUUAGUGACCGGGUCAUUUAAGCCAAUCCAGGUGAUUCACAGGUUUUGCAAUUGCAGCAGGUCCAAAGAAGGAUUCUUUAUGGACUUCUAGAGGGCAACUCUGAGCAUUUUGUAAAAUCCAUAAAUCUUUUCCAUUCAUUUCCAGUCACAUUGUCUGUUGAGAAUACUAACACUCAUCCCACAAAAGGCCAAAUAUUACAUCUCAAGUGAUGACGGCAGGCAACCUCUUCGGAUAUUUUGUAUUGCAGUUCCCAUCAUUCACGAUGGCUGCUCGUUCUGCAAGUGGCUGAUGAGAGCUGAUAUCCUAAAACUCAAAGGUGGGAAGGGCUGUGGCACAUCUUCCCAUUACAAUUUGAUUUACAAAAGUAGGCAACGACGAAACAUACUUUGAGCUUCAGGGGAAAACCUAUUCCAAAAUAAUGCACCAAUUCAUUAUUCUUAGCCAACUGGGAACUAAUUUUGUUCUCCCUUGAACUAGAACAGGGGUAGGCAACCUCGGCUCUUUUAUGACUCAUGGAUUUCGAUUCCCAAAAUUCCUGAGUCAGCAUAGCUGGGAGUUGACAUCCAUGAGUCAUAAAAGAGCAUUGGGUGCCUACCACUGAACUAGAAGUUGCUGCCAAGGAAUGUUGAUUGAUGCUUCGAUGUCUUUUUGAUGUACAUUUCAUUAUGUACCAAUCUUGUUCCCUCUGGUGCCCUCUUGAUGUUCCAGGACUACCACUCCCAGAAUUCUCUGCCAGCUUAUCAGGGGGUGCCAGUCUGGCGUUUGUAUUUCUUUUGAAUCUUGAGUUUUAAGCUGAGCUUUAGGGCAGAAGCACACUAAAUUCAAGUGGCUUUACCCCACCACCACCACCACCUCUACUAAUACCAACAGCAAAAUUGCAAAUGUGUGAAUGGCUGGCUGGAGAAUUCUGGAGUUGAGGUUACCGAGUUUGGGGAUCCAUGGUUUAGAUCAUUGCUUCUUUUGUUCGUUUGUUUGUUUUCCUCGUUUGGUGGAAUAGCCAAGUUAACGAGGGGCACACAGUUUGUUUUUCAUGUUCUUGUUGUGGUUUUCGAUACGAAUUGCUGCAAUAGUUUUUGUGUUCUGAAGAAAUCUGUUCAAUUCUUUCUUCCCCUGUCUGAAAAUACACUUUUUUCUCC